ACCCAGGUCGAGCCCGCCGCCGCCGCCGCCGUCGCUUAAGGGAAACGAAAAGAGGCCGCUACCGGGGAGAAGACGCCGGAGUCGCCACCAGAGAGGAGUCGCCUGCCCAGGAGCUGCCGCCGGAGACGCCCGCCACCCGUUCGCCCGUCCCCCUGCCCCGUUCACGAUGCAGCCUGCUUCUGCAAAGUGGUACGAUCGAAGGGACUAUGUCUUCAUUGAAUUUUGUGUUGAAGACAGUAAAGAUGUUAAUGUAAAUUUUGAAAAAUCCAAACUUACAUUCAGUUGUCUUGGAGGAAGUGAUAAUUUUAAACAUUUAAAUGAAAUUGAUCUUUUUCACUGUAUUGAUCCAAAUGAUUCGAAGCAUAAAAGAACGGACAGAUCAAUUUUAUGUUGUUUACGAAAAGGAGAAUCUGGCCAGUCAUGGCCAAGGUUAACGAAAGAAAGGGCAAAGCUUAAUUGGCUUAGUGUGGACUUCAAUAAUUGGAAAGACUGGGAAGAUGAUUCAGAUGAAGACAUGUCUAAUUUUGAUCGUUUCUCUGAGAUGAUGAACAACAUGGGUGGUGAUGAGGAUGUAGAUUUACCAGAAGUAGAUGGAGCAGAUGAUGAUUCACAAGACAGUGAUGAUGAAAAAAUGCCAGAUCUGGAGUAAGGAAUGUUGUCAUCGCUGGAUUUUGAGAAAGAAAAAUAACUUCUGCAAGAUUUCAUAAUUGAGAGAAUUCCUAAGUUGAUAGCUCUAAAGGCAGAUUCUGUAUUUGCCUCCUUUAACCCAUUUUUCAACCUGUUUGUUUUUUUAAAGGCUUCACUAAGGGUUGAUAUGUACCAUUGUAUGGGGCAAUUUUAAGUCAGCUAAGGCAAUAACCUUAUGCAUGAACAUUUCCCAGAUUCCCAUGAUGCUGUUGAGGUCCUAGGCAAUUGAUAAAGCAGUUGUGAUAAAUAAAAAACAUUUCACCUAAGUCUCCUUUACUUCAUAACAUAGAUACUGACAUGAUCGGAAGCUUUCGGCUUAGGGAAAGUAAAUUUUAGAUUUUAGAACAUGGACUCAAAAGUGGCUGAAACAAAUUGGUUGAUACUUUAAACUGGUAACAUGUUGUUCCUCUGGUAUAUCCUUCAGGAUUGUUCCACUAAAGUUUUAUUUUUCAAAAAAUUUACUUCACAUUAUUGUUCGUAAGUGAUCACUUGUCAGUGUUCCAGAUGUAUCUUAGCUAAAACUAGUGAAUGCCCUAACUUAGAUGGUUUUGAAGCCUGUACAUUUGGUAUUGUUUGACCCUUAAACUUUUACAUCUCUUAGCAUGGAGGACGAAGAAAGGCUGUACAUUGUUGCUUGAGUCUGUACAUUUAGACCAAAUUUGUAUUUGCACUGUCAGUAUGGCAAAUGAGUGAAAAAAAUGUUAAUACACUAUUGGAUUUUUUAUUUUAUUAUUUUUUUUUUGAUUCAGCUUGUACCUGGGCUGAAAACCUCAAUUUAUGUUCAUGACAGUGGGGAGUUUUUUUAAUGUCUACAUUCUUUCUAAUAAACUGUUGGAAGACUU